CUUUGUUUAUCUUACUGCUCAAAUGUGCUCGGCCUCGGGAGCUCCCCUGCUCGUUUUUUUGGGUCGCUCUCUCCACAGCCACUGCUAAACACUAAAUCUACGUCCUCCUCCCCGCUUUUGAGUUGUUGUUUUUUUUUUUUUGGUCCCCUGGUGGAACUAAGGACGAUAAAGGGGGCGGGGGACUGUUAUCCAGCCAAGUCUCGUCAUGGCGACCGAAGUGGACGCUCGGUCUUCGGCUCAACAAGCAGACGGGACGUUUCCUCGCGACGACAAGCAGGAAGAGGCGGAGCGUCCCUACGCCGAUGACGACGACGACGAGCUGAACGAGGCGCAGGUGAACGGCAACUGGACGCCCCAAGAGAAGGCCCUGCACGAGGCCAGGCUCAAGGCCAAGGCAAAGCGGCGCCUGCGCAAGUCGUCGUCCCGCAACUCCACCAGCGACUCCCUCUCGGAGUCCGGGGAAACCGCCGGUGCGGACCCCAACAGUCCGAAAGGCAAAGUCCCCACCAAUGACCGCAAAUCCAGAACGGGCAAAGGCAGAGGCCUGCCGAAAAAAGGUGGUGCAGGCGGUAAAGGAGUCUGGGGUGCCGCUGGGAUGGUUUACGAGGAUGAGGAACCUGAUUUGCAGGACCCCAACUACGACGAAUCUGCUCAGGGAGACACGGUUUAUGCAAAAGUUGUUCCGGAGGUGGACAAGAGGGACCUGGGGAAAAUGGUCAACCCAAUCGUCCAGGAAUACUUUGAACAUGGAGACACAAAAGAGGUCCAGAUGCUGCUGAAGGAACUCAACUUGGGCCCGCACAAGUACGAGUUCUCCUCGGUGGCCGUCUCCCUGUCCCUGGAAGGCAAAGCCAGCCACCGAGAGCUCACCUCCCGCCUGCUGUCCGACCUGUCCGUCAAGCUGCUCACACAAAGCGACAUGGCGCGGGCCUUCGACAGGAUGCUCAAAGACCUGCCUGACCUCAUACUUGACACGCCUGAGGCUCCGCAGAUGUUGGGCCAGUUCAUAGCCAGAGCCAUAGCCGAUCACGUUCUUCCCAUGUCUUUCCUGGACUGUUACAAAGGCAAAGUGGACUGUGACCAUGCCAGAGUGGCUUUAGACCGCGCUGCUGUGCUGCUGUCCAUCAAGGGGGCCAUGGUGCGUCUGGACAAUGUGUGGGGCGUGGGCGGCGGCCUCCGACCUGUCAAACAUCUCAUCAAAGAGAUGAACCUUCUGCUGAAGGAGUACCUGACCUCAGGAGAUGUGUUGGAGGCCGAGCGCUGCCUGCGAGAACUGGAGGUCCCUCACUUCCACCACGAGCUCGUCUACGAGGCUAUUGUAAUGGUGCUGGAGUCCAAAGGGGACGCGGCCAGCCCCAUGAUCAUCAAGCUGCUGCAGUCCCUCUGGAAAACGGGCCACCUAACUGUGGAUCAGAUGAACAGGGGCUUCCAGCGGGUCUACGAUGAGCUCCCCGAAAUAAAUCUCGACGUGCCGCACGCCCACACGAUCAUGGAGACGUUUGUGGACCUCUGCUACCAGGAGUCUGUCAUCACCAAGCAACUAAGAGACGCCUGUCCCUCCAGAGGGCGCAAGCGUAUGGUAAGCGAAGGCGACGGCGGCAAGAUUAAGAAUUAAAAAAACGACCUACAAAGAGGAUCGUCAGGAGGAGGCAGGCUGGUCUCAUUGUGCGUCCACAUUUCAUCUGGACGUGCUGGUGGUUUGAAGCUCCUCCCCCUGAUGACAUCGUUACCAUCGUCAUCACACACAGCAGCUUUGGUGGAAGUGAAGCCAGUUCCCCUCAUCUUAUUCGCCGCUGUUGUUGUUUAUUGUAAGAAUGUUCAUUGUUUCUUGGGUUGAUCCACCCCUCUUGUCUCAGCUUUUUUACCUUUUUUUUUUUUUUUCUUUUCCAAAAAUAACUCUCAGCUGCCAAAAGAGGGGAAGUGGACCUGGUAUUGGGGUGUUUCGCCUCUUGCUUUGCUUUACGAUUUCCAUAAAUGGACAAAUUUGUUCAAUUGUUCCUGAGAUGGUUUUGUUCAACAUUGACACUUCACUGCUUUCUGUCUGUUUUACAUGUUGACCAAAGUUUGAAUAUGUAUAAAAACAUAUUUCGUUCAUUAAAAAAAGGCAACAUA